CCGCCUGUCCGUCGGCGCCCGUCGCCUCUCUCUCUCUCUGCAUCUCUCGUCGUCGGCCGCCUCUCUCUCGGUGUGUUUCUUCGCCUGCGUCUUACUCUCCGCCGCUGGUCUUUUUCGUUGCCAUCGGCCUCUGAUCUCCCCCUCUUCGGUCACCUCGUCUGUGUGUUUGAUUUCUGUCGCCUGCGUCUUUUUCUCAGCCACCGGUCUGCUUACUCUUCUUCGCCUCUUCCGUGUGUCUGAUUUUGUUCAGCCACGAAAGAUGAAGUAUGUGAAGCCAUUGAGCUUAGCCGUUGGCAUUUCGAAGACAAAAACUUCAGUCCAAAGGCGGUUGCUCGGACUAGAUGUCGGUGAUAAAUAUGUAGGCUUGGCUAUUUCUGAUGCAUCGAAUAAGAAGGCGUUGCCUUUGAGUGUUCUCCUUAGAACAAAAACAAACAUUGACUUGAUGGCCACGGAUUUUCAGAACCUGAUUUCUAAGUUUUCUAUAUCCGGCUUAGUCGUGGGUUACCCAUUAGACAGACUAGGCAACAUAGAUGAUGGUGUGGGUAUGGAUACUUUCAUCGAGGAGCUUCAUAAAACUGGAAAACUCGAGGAUGUAAAGUAUUCAUAUUGGGACGAGCGACUAUCAUCAAAGGCCGUGGAAAUGUUGUUGGAGCCACUGAAUAUACAUCAAGUUAAAAAGAAGACAAUGUUGGAUAAGUGUGCUGCAGUUGGUAUACUCCAGGGCUAUCUAGAUUUUGUCAACAAGAAUAUAAUGAGGACGCCAAGCCAGUAGAAGUGUCACCAAGGAUUGGUCAUGUUGGUUUAUUAUAUAUACAUGUGUGUGUGAGAGAGAGAGAGGGUGGCAUAUAAUGUUGUAUUGAUGAAUGCUGUGGCAUGGAAGAAUGUGGUGUUGGAUUUGGAAGAUGUGUUUGGCGUUUAUGCU